CCCCCGCGCGCCCUUGGUUCGGAUGCCCGCUUUGCUGCCUCGUUUCAUCCCCAUUUCUUCCCCCAGAGCAUGACGCUAUCCACCGGAUUCUUGGUUUGCGGCCGGUGAGUCACUGCUGACUCGAAUCGAACACUAUACAAAUCGAACUUUUGCGCGAGGGAAGACGGCCCGAGGUUGACUUCUGCACACAAGACACAACUUGAUAUAGCUAUUCCUAUCGUUGGAUCGGUCACCCCAAGCUUUCAUUGACAGGGGAAUGCGGUUUUUUCCUAGCGUCAUCUUUCUUCAGUCUUUCGCCUUUGAUUCGAUGGAGAUCGUGUCGCGUUAAUGCGCGCCGAACUGUGGAUACAAGACAUAUCAUGGCCUCUAACGGGAAGUCGACCACCGCUCUUGACGACUCCCGUCGUGCAACGGGCUCUCCGAAGAUGAAGGCACGAGCGGAAAAUGCCAAAGAUACUCUCUGUCGAAACGUGACGAUCUACGGACGAUGUCGAUACGAGGAUAAAGGAUGCGCUUUCAACCAUGACCCUCAUAAAGUGACUUCAUACGCGGACAGGAAACGAUUGAACGUUGACUCUCCGAGCUUCACCCCUACGAUACUAUCCUCCAAUGGGUCUUCACCUACCAUUGCAUCUGCAACCAUGAAAAAGACGGCUACAAUAUCCCCCAAAGCUGCGAAUGCAGCUCCCUUCCAACCGCGAGGUAUUUCAUCACGGUCCAACUCUAGCACACCAACUGCUCGACAGGGCACGAUGACUCCGGAUUGGUCUGUCGCGGAAGUUCAGGAAUUCGUCCCUCAGGGCUUUGAUGGUUCCCAUAUGGCUUCUCUUCAAGGAAACGGCGCAUCCGCCAUUCCCACAACAAGUGCCUUCGAUCCAUUUGUGGCGUCGCCGAAUCCCCUCUCUGCUGCCAAUGCUGUUGGCCCGGUUCAGGCGAACCCAUUCACUCAUGACACAGCCGCGCUAGGAGGGGCAGCAUUCUUUGCGAACCAGUCCGGCUUUCAGCAACCUGUUCAAUACCACAUGUAUGCUCCUAUUGGACCUCACAGUCAAAACACUUUGGGCUACCAACGAAAUGUCCACGAUUUCUUCCUCCCUAAUGAUUUCCGAGAAGAACUGCAAAAGAAGGCAGCGGCCACACUGCAAACCUUACCGAACACCCAGCUACCUGCGCAGGUGGAUUAUUUUCAUUCUCUCGUUCCUCUGGAUCUGAAUCACCAGAAGAAUGCAGCCAUAUUUGGCUAUCCCAGCUGGGUAUACAAGGCGCAAUCCAGCAAAGACGGAAACUUUUAUGCACUUCGAAGACUAGAAGGGUUCCGUCUGACCAACGAGAAGGCGAUUCGAUCUGUGCAAGCGUGGAAGCGGGUAUGCAGUGGCAGCGUGGUGACCGUGCAUGAUGCUUUUACGAGUCGAAGCUUCCAGGAUAGCUCCUUGAUAUUUGUGACUGAUUACCACCCGUUGUCCAAAACGCUGGCCGAGCAGCACCUGGGCGCAGGGAACCGGUUCACGGGACGCCAAAACACGCACAUCCCCGAACAGGUUCUCUGGAGCUAUAUGACGCAGAUCGGCAAUGCGCUCAAGGCGAUUCACAGCAACGGACUCGCCGCGCGCAUCAUUGACGCCAGCAAGAUUCUUUUGACGGGCAAGAACCGCAUCCGCCUCAGCGCGUGCGCCAUUCUCGACGUUGUGCAGUUCGACACGCAACGAUCGGUGGCGGACCUCCAGCGGCAGGAUCUGGUGAGUUUCGGACAGCUGAUUAUGACGCUGGGCGCCAACUCGCCCAACGUCCUGCACAACCACACCAAGGCGAUGGAGCACUUCACGCGGGCGUACAGCCCGCAGCUGAAGAACUCGGUGUUCUGGCUGCUCAACGGGCUGCAGAAGGACCAGGACCGCAACAUCGACGUCUUUAUCACGGGGAUCUCGUCGCAGCUGAUGUCGACCUUUGACUCGGCGCUGCACCUGGAUGACCAGCUGACGUCGGAUCUGAGCCGCGAGCUGGAGAACGGGCGGCUGGUGCGUCUGAUGACUAAGCUGAAUUUCGUGAAUGAGCGGCCCGAGUACGAGCACGACCGGCAGUGGGCGGAGAACGGGGAACGCUACUUCCUGAAAAUCUUCCGGGAUUAUGUGUUUCACCAGGUGGACGCGCAGGGUGAGCCGAUCGUGGAUCUGGGGCACGUGCUGACGUGCCUGAACAAGCUGGACGCGGGGUCCGACGAGAAGGUGACGCUGGUAAGUCGCGACGAGCAGAGCUGCUUCGUCGUAAGUUAUAAGGAGCUCAAGAAAGCGCUGGAGUCGUCGUUCCAGGCGCUGCUCAAGCCCGCGGGCCGGAGGUUGCACUAGCUGCACAUGGUGCAUUUUGAUAUAUAGUCUGGUGGUCACGGAGUGAUGUGAUGACUCUGUUGGAGUAUUGGCCUAUUAUGGUGGAGGUCGUUGACCUCGUUGAUCAGAGGGGGCGUGCAUAGUAUUUUGCUUUUGUCUGUGGUGUGGUAUCAGUAGCUUUGUGCGCCCCCCCCCCCCCCCCCC